CGCGCGUCGCGCUUGCUCUUGCCGGUAGGGGCCGCCGCCGCCAGGCUGAGGGGAGCGGCGCGGAUCGUGAGGAGCGCUGAGGAUGGCUGCAGCUCCCCCAAGUUACUGUUUUGUAGCCUUUCCCCCAUGUUCUAAAGAUGGACUGGUGGUCUUUGGAAAGAAUUCUGCACGGCCUAGAGAUGAAGUGCAGGAAGUUGUCUACUUUGCUGCUGCAGCUCACGAUCCAGGAAGUAAAGUUGAGUGCACAUAUAUUGAGAUUGAGCAGGUGGCGAAGACUCAUGCUGUUGUGCUGAGCAGGCCCUCCUGGCUUUGGGGGGCAGAAAUGGGAGCUAACGAGCAUGGAGUCUGUGUAGCUAACGAAGCCAUCGUGACCAGAGAACCAGCUUCUGAAUCUGAAGCCUUGCUUGGAAUGGAUCUUGUCAGACUUGGCUUAGAAAGAGGUGCAACAGCUAAAGAAGCAUUGGAUGUAAUAGUUGCUCUGUUGGAAGAGCAUGGACAAGGUGGAAAUUAUUAUGAGGAUGGGAGUUCAUGUCAUACUUUCCAAAGUGCAUUUUUGAUUGUGGACAGAAAUGAAGCCUGGAUACUGGAGACUUCUGGAAAAUACUGGGCAGCAGAAAAAAUCACAGAGGGGGCAAAAUGCAUUUGCAAUCAGCUUUCAUUAACUACAAAAAUUGAUGCUGAGCAUCCCGAGCUAAGGAGUUAUGUGAGAAGCCAGGGCUGGUGGAAUGGAGACUCAGACUUCAAUUUUUCUGAAGUGUUCUCUCUGGGGGAUGACCAUUUAGCUUGCUCUUCUGGCAGGGAGAGCCUAGAGAAGCAAAGUGGUGCUGUUUCUGCACAAGCUAUGAUCGAUGUCCUGCGUGAUAAGGACAGUGGCGUCUGUGUGGACUCUGAAUCUUUCCUUACUACAGCCAGCAUAGUGUCUGUUCUGCCUCAAGACCCUAGUUUUCCCUGUAUCCAUUACUUCACUGGCACACCAGAUCCUUCAAGGUCCAUAUUUAAACCCUUUAUUUUUGCUGAUGAUGUAAAAUCAGUUCCAAAAGUACAGUCUCCUUCUUUUGGUGAUGAUGAUCCUGCUAAAAAGAUACCUCGAUUCCAGGAGAAACCUGAUCGCAGGCAUGAAUUGUACAAGGCACAUGAAUGGGCUCGAUCUCUCCUUGAGAAUGACCAGGAUAAAGGCCAGAAACUGAUGAGGAUUAUGUUAGACCUUGAAAAACAAGGCUUAGAAGCAAUGGAAGAUCUGCUUACUCGUACAGAGAUUCUGGAUCCUGCCGAAGUAGUGGAUCUUUUCUAUGACUGUGUUGACACAGAGCUAAAGUUCUUCAAAUAAACUACAGUGGCUAUUUUUAGCCUUGUCACUGGAAGACUGCAAAGUUCUUCAAGCCUUGAAAGAAAGUCUUCACACUUAUGAAUUUGCAGGAAAAACAUUUGUAGAGGAAAAAAAUGUUCCUUGCUAGCUGUAUCCGGUUAACAAAUUGCUUUCCUUUGUCCGA